ACGGGGCGGGGCGCGCGGGACAGGGAGGCCGCGGCUGGGCCGGUGGACUGGAGCAGGGUCCACGCGCGGUGCUCCCCAGCUCGGCCUCUCCCGGGCGGCCCUCCGGCCGGCACCUGUGCCGGGGCCGCUCCAGAGCCCGGUGGUGGGAGUGCGACAGCGGCUGCGUGUGCCGGACCUGGACGGGCGCGGCCGGGGCGGGGGGCGGGUAACGCCGCCGCCGCGUGAGCCGACCUGGAUGCGAGCCCCCUUGCACGUAGCUGGCCCUGGAAGAGCCGGGUGGGCAGGAGCCCGAGGCAAGUCUGCGGAAAAGGGACUGACUCUCCCCGCCCCUGCGGCUUAGCUGACCUGUGGGGAGAGUGCUGGGCCGGUCCUGGACCCUUCCCCCGGGGAGCUCCGCCCAGGCCGCCAUGGGAGCUGGGGCUCCGUGUGGUUCCCUACCUGGAGUUCGGGGAGGGCCGAAGGCCUGUUCUCUCGCGCCCACAUCCCUGGACUGAGACAGGCCCCUGGCCCCAACAUGGCCCGCCGCUCCCAGAGCUCCUCGCAAGGGGACAACCCGCUGGCACCCGGGUACCUGCCACCUCACUACAAAGAGUACUACCGCCUGGCAGUGGACGCACUGGCUGAGGGCGGGCCCGAGGCCUACAGCAGGUUCCUGGCAUCUGAGGGUGCACCUGCUUUCCUGUGUCCCGAGGAACUGGACCAUGUGACCCGCCACCUGCAGCCCCCACAGCAUGUCACCCACGACCCCCCUGAAGGCAGCCCUCCCAACGUGGACAUGGAUGGCUCCUCAGGCACCUACUGGCCCGUGAACUCUGACCAGGCAGUGCCUGAGCUCGACCUGGGCUGGCCCCUGACCUUCGGCUUCCAGGGCACCGAGGUCACAACACUGGUGCAGCCACCACCGCCUGACAGUCCCAGCAUCAAGGACGAGGCCCGAAGGAUGAUCCGCUCUGCCCAGCAGGUGGUGGCCGUGGUGAUGGACAUGUUCACCGACGUGGACCUGCUCAGCGAAGUACUGGAGGCCGCUGCGCGCCGGGUCCCCGUCUACAUUCUCUUGGAUGAGAUGAACGCGCAGCACUUUCUGGACAUGGCUGACAAGUGCCGCGUCAACCUGCACCACGUGGAUUUUCUGCGCGUGCGCACUGUGGCAGGCCCCACUUACUACUGCCGCACUGGGAAGUCCUUCAAGGGCAACGUAAAGGAGAAGUUCCUCUUGGUGGACUGUGCCGUGGUGAUGAGUGGCAGCUACAGCUUCAUGUGGUCCUUCGAGAAGAUCCACCGCAGCCUGGCACACGUGUUCCAGGGUGAGCUGGUCUCCAGCUUCGACGAGGAGUUCCGAAUCCUCUUCGCACAGUCUGAGCCGCUGGUGCCCUCGGCCGGGGCGCUGGCCCGCAUGGACGCUUACGCCCUAGCUCCGUACUCGGGGGCUGGGCCCCUCAUGGGCGGCCCGGGGAUCGGGGCGCCAACCCCCUUCUCCUUCCCCAAACGAGCGCACCUUCUGUUCCCACCGCCUAGGGAAGAGGGCCUGGGCUUCCCCUCCUUCCUAGACCCUGACCGCCACUUCCUGUCUGCUUUCCGCCGGGAGGAGCCGCUGCGGAUGCCCGGCGGCGCCCUCGAGCCACACGCGGGGCUGCGGCCACAGCCACGACGGUGGGAUGCAGAGGCCGGGCCAGGUGCUGAGCUCGCAGGCCCGCGGGGUUUCUUCCAGGGGCGGCACCUGGAGAUGGACUCCUUCAAGCGGCACAGCUACACGGCCGCUGACGGCACUAGCGGCGCUGUAGAGAACUUUGCAGCAGCACGGCAGGUGUCGAGACAGACGUUCCUCAGCCAUGGCGACGACUUCCGCUUCCAAACCAGCCACUUCCACCGCGACCAGCUUUACCAGCAGCAUUACCAGUGGGACCCACAGUCUGCACCCAUGCGCCCGCAGGGCCUAUUCGAGAAGCUUCGCGUUGGCCGCCCGGGCUUUGCAGAUCCCGAGGACUUCGCUUUGGGUGCUGGGCCACGGUUCCCCGAGCUUGGCCUGGAUGGACACCAGCGGCUGGACUAUGUGCCAUCUAGUGAGUCGCGCGAGGUGCGCCAUGGUUCGGACCCGGCCUUCGGGAUCGGACCCCGCGGCCUGGAACUCGGUGGGGCCCCACGCCCCAACCUGGGCCAGCGCUUCCCCUGCCAGCCAGCAGCAAAGCUGGGCCCUGAGACUGGACCGGAGGCCGAGCCUGAGCACAGGGGUGGGCCGGAGGGGCGGGCAGGGCUGAGGCACUGGCGCCUUGCCUCCUACCUGAGCGGCUGCCAUGGGGAAGACACGGGCGUGGAGGGCCUGCCCAUGGAGACCGAGGCCUUGGAAGAGGAUGUGCUGGCUUCCCCGGGGGGCAGGGCGGCUGCUGGGGACCUGCUUCCUUCAGCCUUCCGAGUGCCCGUGCCCUUCCCGGCCAAGGGCCCAGUGCCCGGCCCUGGCAGCGGUGGUGGCGAGGGCCCAGAACGUGAGGGCCUGGAGGAGGCAGGCCUGGCCAAGCAGGACUCCUUCCGCUCACGCUUGAACCCGCUGAUCCAGCGCAGCUCGCGACUUCGCUCCUCACUCAUAUUUGCAUCGCAGGCUGAGGGCACCAGUGGGGCCACCACCGAAAAGGUGCAGCUGCUGCACAAGGAGCAGGCGGCCAGUGAGACUCUGGGGCCUGGGGGCGAGGCCGUGCGCUCUGCUGCUUCCACCAAGGUGGCCGAGCUCCUGGAGAAAUAUAAGGGUCCCGCUCGUGACCCUGGCGCCACAGGGGCUGCAGUCACUGCUACCAGCCACAGCAAGGCUGUCGUGUCCCAGGCGUGGCGGGAGGAAGCGGCAGCAGGGCCCGGGGGUGCAGGUAGUGAGCGGCGCAGCCUGGAGAGCUGCCUACUUGACCUUCGAGACUCCUUUGCACAGCAGCUGCACCAGGAGGCUGAGCGGCAGUCGGGAGCUGCCGCCAUCACUGCCACCCAGCUGCUGGACACACUGGGCCGGAGCGGCACCAACAGGUUGCCUUCCCGCUCCCUCUUGGCCCAAGGCCUCUCCACCUCUCCACAAGGGCGGAACAGUCCCCCUGUGGAAGCUCCGCACUCAGAGCCUAAGGGGAGUCCCACCUCAGCCUACCCGGAGCGGAAGGGGAGUCCCACGCCUGGGUUUUCCACCCACAGAGGCAGCCCGACCACAGGAUUUACUGCUGAGCAGAAGGGGAGCCCCAUCUCAGCCUACCCUGAGCCCAGGGGCAGCCCUGUCCCCGCCUUGCCUGAGCGCAAGGGCAGUCCAGUUCCUCCUGUGCCAGAGCGCAGGGGAAGCCCAGUGCCUGCUGUGCCGGAGCGCAGGAGCAGCCUCACUGCUGCCUUCUCCGGAGAGUCUCCGAAGACCGGCUCUGCGGAGGAAGCGCCCACUGGCCCAAUGGAGGUCCUGCGCAAGGGCUCCCUGCGUCUCCGGCAGCUGCUGAUUCCCAAGAGUGAGCGGCGUUCAGAGGAUGACGGCAGCUUCCAUGCGCCGCAGGAGAACGGGCGGCCUGAAAGCCCUCUGCGCCCGUCGCUGAGCCGUGGCGACAGCACGGAGGCUGCCGCUGGAGAGGAGCGGGGCCCUCGGGCGCGCACGGCCUCUGCCACGGCCAACGCGUUGUACAGCAGCAACCUGCGGGAUGACACGAAGGCCAUUCUGGAGCAGAUCAGCGCCCACAGCCAGAAGCACCGCGGAGGCCCCGCCCCCUCCCCAGCCCACAGCAGUCCUGAACUAGACCGCCCACCAGCAGCGGGCGGACUAGCCCCUGACAUGUCCGACAAGGACAAGUGCUCAGCCAUUUUCCGCUCCGACAGUCUGGGGGCCCAAGGCCGGCUUAGCCGAACGCUGCCAGCCAGUGUGGAGGAGCGCGACAGGCUGCUUCGCCGCAUGGAGAGCAUGCGCAAGGAGAAGCGCGUCUACAGCCGCUUUGAGGUCUUCUGCAAGAAGGAGGAGGCUGGUGGCCCUGGGGGAGGGGAUGGCCCGGCAGAGGAGGAUGCCAGGGACAGCAAAGUGGGCAAAUUUAUGCCCAAGAUCCUGGGUACAUUCAAAAGCAAGAAGUGAGUCUCCUGGCCCCCCACCCAGGCCAGGGAGCUGCAUCGCUGCUUCUGGCCAGGCAGAGCACCUAGCCCUCGGCCCAGGAGUUGGGAACUUGGCUGCGCCCAGCUAGUGUGCAGCUCCACUCAGGGCCCCCAGGGGACACUCUGCCUCUUGCCCCGUCUUCCCCGUGUUGGGGCCAAAGCUGCUCACUGCCCCGUGCCUUAUUCCCCCCAUUCUCACCUCUUUAGCACCUUGCUCUCUAGGCCCCGCCUCCCUCUUAGCAUCUCCCUCCAGCCUCUCUGGGUUUCAGGUUCCCUCUGGGCCUUCACUCCUCACUCACCUCAGGGACCCAUCUCUCUGUGCCUUAGUCCCCAGUUCCCGGGGGCCCAUGUCUCAGGGCCGCCCCUGCCCAGGGCCUCUGGGCUGCGCUGCGGCUGCACUCUGCUGCCCUUGUGUGGCCCCAGCAGCUCCAGACUCGGUCCUCCACCUUCUCAGGACCACUGUCUCCAUCUCGGGCAGCUGGGGCUUCCUACCCUGUUUAUCUACAUCCUGACCCCUUUCUUGGUGGCCCAUCCUUUUGCUGUGGGGAGGCAGAGGACCCUGGAAGGGCUGCCCUGCCCCCAGGGAAGACCUGAAGCAGAACUGACCCCGGCCCCCCCCCCCCCCCCCGCCCGGUAAGGCUCCUGGCCAGGAGUGACUGCACCAGGCCUCAGUGGUGGGUGAUGUGUUGCCCCAGCCUGGUGAAGGGCCCAGGCAGGCAGCCUGGCUGUGGGAUGCUUGUGCCUGAGCAGGUGAGGUGAAGGCAGAGGACUUGGCUCGGUGGCACCUGAGUGCCAGCCCACUGGGGCAUGUCCGUGCCCUGCGGGUGCCCUGUCCUGCAGCCUCUCUCACCAGCCUGCAAACUCCGGCCAACGUCCCCACUUACCUUUCCUGGAUCUUCCUCAACAUUAGAGAGUAAUUGGAAAUGACACAUUUUGGUACCAAAUGCUUAGAAAGUCUCCCCACCGUAGGUGCUACAAUUGUAAAACGAGUGCUUCUAUUUUUUUAAGUAGCUUUUUAAGUUUUACUUGUAAAAGCUCCAAUCACUGCAGGGAGAAGGGUGUGAGGAAUGAGGGGGCUGAGAAGGUGGCAGUUCUGACUCCGGGUGCAGGUCUACCCUGACAGCUCAGAGUCCAGUCACCAAAGCUACCUUCCAGGUGGGGGUGACAGCAGGGACUUUUGUCCAGGUGACAAAGGUCAUGGAGAACUGAAUGAGCUGGAAUUUGAUGGCAAAUAUUCCCAUGUGGUCUGAUGGGGGAGGUGCCCAUGAGGGAAGUGGAGCCUUCUGGUCUCCAGAGACCAAUGGCUGGGGGCCCUUGGAGCCCCCUGAGCCCCCCGUCUGUGUCCCCAUCUCUUGCUGAAUUACACACCACCUCAAAUGUGAUUCUUAACAUUUUGGUGUUAAUAAAACACGACAAAAUAUUCCAA